UAUGUACUUUGGCUUUACAUUGAGGAGGCAAAUAUCUUAUAAUUUGAUUGUUUUCCUCCUUUUCCUCCCACCUUCCAAAUGUCUAGUUGAAGAGUUUGUUUAAUCACCCUCACUACCAAACCCUUUAAUGCCUUUCCAUCAAUCCUCCAAUAUAUAUUAAUUACCCUUCUCAUCUCAUUUUUUCCAAAUUAAACCACCGACUUGAGAUGGCGAUAUCUCCCAGAAAGCUUAGAAAUGAUGUGUAUUCUUAUUCAUACCAACAAGACUCAAACAUUCCACUAGUCAUUUCUGUUCUCGCAUCUUUGAUAGAAAGAAGCAUGGCAAGAAAUGAGAGAAUUACUAGAAACUGUACAUGGGCAUUGUCGAAAUGCGCGAAAACUCGCGUUUUCGACUGCCGUGAGAUGCCGGACAUGACGGUUCAGGCAUAUCUGGAGAGGAUUUUUAGGUAUACAAGAGCAGGACCAUCAGUAUAUGUGGUUGCAUAUGUGUAUAUUGAUAGGUUUUGCAAGAAUUAUCCGCAGUUUCUAAUUAGUGCAAGAAAUGUACACAGGCUUCUCAUUACAACUAUCAUGGUGGCUUCCAAAUAUGUUGAGGAUAGGAAUUAUAGAAAUGCAUACUUUGCCAGAGUUGGGGGUUUAACAACGAAAGAAAUGAACGACUUGGAAUUUGAAUUUAUAUUCUUGAUGGGGUUCAAAUUCCACGUAAAUGUAAGUGUUUUCGAGAGCUAUUGUUGCCAUUUGGAGAGAGAAGUGAGCAUUGGAGGAGGCUACCAAAUAGAGAAAACUUUAAGGUGUGCUGAAGAUAUUAAAUCAAGGGAAAGACAAAAGAGAUAUAACAAUCAAAAUGCCAGAGUUGCUUUGUAGACUACUGUCUAUAUAGAUUGUAGAGUGCUCUGUAAAUGUUGAAAUUUUUUGCCUUAUAAGCUUACGUGGUAAAUACUUUCUUUGACGAGAA